AUGUGUGACGCCAGUUAUAACUUUACUAUAGUAGACAUUGGUGCAGAUGGAAGAUGCAGUGAUGGUGGAGUUUUCUCUAACUCUGAAAUGGGUAAGGGUUUUAUGGCAAAUAAUUUAAAUUUCCCAACUGCUAAAGAUAUAGAUAGUAACAGUGGUCCAAUUCCAUACUAUGCACUUGGUGAUGAAGCGUUUCCACUACUAACUAAUCUUAUGCGCCCUUACCCAGGAAGAGGUAAAAGAAAACUACCAUUAAACGAAUCAAUAUUUAACUAUAGACUUUCCAGAGGUAGACGUACCAUUGAGAAUACCUUUGGAAUAAUGGCCUCAAAAUGGCGUGUGUUUAGAAAACCAAUAAUUGCCAGACGCAAUACUGUAGAAGCAAUUACAAAAGAUGCAGUUGUAUUGCAUAAUUUUAUAAAAAUGUCAGAAAAUAAUGCUGGUGUACGUUAUUAUAGUGGCCCUUUGGACAUCGAACCUGAUGAAGACAAUCGAUGGGCAACACUAGAAAUGGGAGCUUUAAGACCAGUAAACCAAUUAGGAACCAAUACCUAUUCAGCAAAUGCUAAGAUAAUCAGAAAUAAACUUAAGAAUCAUUUUUCAGGCGAAGGUGCAGUUGCAUUUCAAUAUGAAAGAUUAGUUAAAUAA